AUGGAGAAUCAAACCACUGUUCCUUACUUUCUGCUGCUGGAAUUUUCACAAAAUCGACAUCUGCAGCUUCUACAUUUUUUCUUAUUCUUCACAUUAUAUCUGACAACAGCAACAACAAAUCUUCUCAUCAUCUUUGUAGUAGUUUUUGACCAUCACCUACACAGUCCCAUGUAUUUCUUUCUAGUGAAUUUGGCUGUGCAAGAUCUGGGCAUUGUUUCAGUCAUUAUCCCCAAAUCCAUGGUAAAUUCUCUCAUGGAUAGUCGACAAAUAUCUUAUUUUGAUUGUGUUGCUCAACUUUUUCUCUUUAUCACCUUUGAAGCUUUUGAAUUGUCUCUCCUGACAGUCAUGGCAUAUGAUCGGCAUGUUGCCAUUUGUUAUCCCCUGCACUAUGAAAUGGUAAUGAAUUGGAAAGCUUGCAUCAAAAUUGUGGUUCUAGUGGGGGUUACAGGAAUACUGUAUGGAAUGUUGCACACCAUUGGCACCUUUUCCAUCUCUUUCUGCUCUAAUGUUAUCAAUCAAUUUUUCUGUGAAAUUCCACACUUGCUAAAGCUACCUUGCUCUGGAUUCAAUCUAGUUGAGGUUGGAGUUCUUGUGGCCAGUGCCACUGCAGGAUUAGGUUGUUUUAUUUUUAUCACUGUUUCUUAUGCCAAGAUCUUCCAGGCAGUGUUGAGAAUCCCUUCUGUGAAAGGAAGGCAGAAGGCCUUUUCCACUUGUUUUCCCCACUUUAUGGUCCUUUCUAUGUUUUUGGUAACUUCAGGCCUGGCCUACCUGAGACCCCCCUCUAACACACCAUCUUACUUAGAUUUAGUAUUCACUGUCCUAUAUUCCUUAUUUCCACCCCUGUUCAAUCCAAUCAUCUAUAGCAUGAGAAAUAAGAAUAUCAAACUUGCCCUGUCUAAACUAUGGAAAUUCUGA